CCCAGCGGAGCUUUGUGACGUCAGGCGGCCGCGGGGCGGCGUCACGCGCGGGGCUGACCCGGCGGCGGCGGCGGCGGCGGCGGCGGUGGCGGCGGGGCGGGGGCGGCCUGGGACGCGGCGGGAGCAUGGAGCCGCGCGCCGGCUGCCGGCUGCCGGUGCGGGUGGAGCAGGUCGUCAACGGCGCGCUGGUGGUCACGGUGAGCUGCGGCGAGCGGAGCUUCGCGGGGAUCCUGCUGGACUGCACGAAAAAGUCCGGCCUCUUUGGCCUACCCCCGUUGGCUCCGCUGCCCCAGGUCGAUGAGUCCCCUGCCAACGACAGCCAUGGCCGGGCUCCCGAGGAGGGGGAUGCAGAGGUGAUGCAGCUGGGGUCCAGCUCCCCACCUCCUGCCCGCGGGUUUCAGCCCCCGGAGACCACCGGCCCCGAGCCACCCCCGCCCCUUGUGCCGCCGCUGCCCACCGGAAGCCUGCCCCCGUACCCUCCCUACUUCGAAGGCGCCCCCUUCCCUCACCCGCUGUGGCUCCGGGACACGUACAAGCUGUGGGUGCCCCAGCCACCACCCAGGACCAUCAAGCGCACCCGGCGGCGUCUGUCCCGCAACCGCGACCCGGGGCGCCUCAUCCUCAGCACCAUCCGCCUGCGGCCGCGCCAGGUGCUCUGUGAGAAGUGCAAGAGCACGCUGAGCCCCCCGGAGGCCAGCCCCGGACCCCCAGCCGCGCCCAGGGCCCGCAGGAGGCUGGGCAGCGGCCCGGACAGGGAGCUCCGCAAGCCGGAGGAGCCGGAGAACGGCGACCCCACGGCUGCGGCCACCUCCAGGAGGAGCAAGAGGGAGAGGCGCGAGGAGGACAGGGCCCCGGCAGAGCAGGUCCCGCGGAGCCCGGUCAUCAAGAUCUCCUACAGCACGCCCCAGGGCAAGGGAGAGGUGGUCAAGAUCCCCUCCCGCGUGCACGGCUCUCUGGAGCCCUUCCGUCCCCAGCAGGCCCCGCAGGACGACGGCAGCCAGGACCCCGAGGUGCUGGACAGAGAGUCCCGGGACCGGCCGUCCUGCGCGCCCUCGGCCUCCAUCCCCAAGUUGAAACUGACACGGCCUGUGCCGCCCGGCGCGGACCUGCCGCCCCCUAAGAUCCGCCUGAAGCCCCACCGUCUGGGGGACAGCGAGCACGAGCCCGUGUACCGGGCCGAGCUGGUGGAGGAGCUGAAUGGGUACCCGCGGGACAGCUCGCCGGCGCCCUGUGCGGACGGCCCUGCCGGUGGGCUGGCGGACUUGUCUUCUGGAAGUUCGGGUGAGGACGAUGACUUCAAGAGCUGUCCCCAGGGUCCACGGGGACGCGAGGGCUUGGCUUUUCUCGUCAGCUGCCCUGAGGGGAGAGCGGACUGUGCCAGUGAGUCGGCGUGCAGCAGCGAUAGCCUGGACGAGGCCAGAUCGUCCGGCUCGGAAGGGACGCCGGCAGACACGGGUGACCUCUCGCCCGGCCACGGCGCGUCGGCGCCCCCCGCGUCCAGAGAGGCUCGCCAAACGGUGCCGCCCCUGACGGUCAGGCUGCACACACAGAGCGUGUCGGAGUGCAUCACGGAGGACGGCAGGACUGUGGCCGUGGGGGACAUCGUCUGGGGAACUGCUGAGAAGGAAGGGAAGAGGGGCUUGAAGCAGAGCAUCCAGCGAGAAACCUGGCCUGGACUGGGAUCUGGGAAGGCUUCCUGGAGGAGGUGGCAGGAGCCAGGAUCUGAAUGGUCACCGACGAUGAGGGCGCACCUGCUGUCCUGGAGCUUCCGAUCUCUGUUCGGGGACCCUGUGAGCCUUCUGGCCGGCGGCGUGCAGAGCCCACUGGGCACGGUGGUCGGCCUGGUGUGAGGCCCCCCAGGGACUGGCAGUGUGUCCAGGGAGGGGAUGGCCCUGAGCCCAGUGGCUCCUCCCGCUGAGUGUAUUUCUUCCCACCACUCAGCCCAUGGCUGCCCUGGCUCACGAGGCAGUCGGGACUCGUGACUUGCUGGCUGCUGCUGCCUCGCGUGCUGGGGUUCCAUGGAGGAACUGGGCCUGCCACCCCGGCCUCGCCUGCUGCCCGCAUGCUGGGGUCCCGUGGAGGAGCCAGGCCUGGCACCCCGGCCUCGCCCAGCGGCUGGUGUGGGCCGCUGUUCCCUGCCUCGCAGUGUCCUGGAGGCAGCUGUCUCGCAGACUCAGCUUGGUCUCCCGCAGGCUUCAGUAAAACCCAAUUGCACGUGUGGGAUUCUUCCCCAGCCCUUGGGUGUGGGGUCUCUGUGCACUUGACAGCUGGGGGACCUACCCACCGUCUCCCACUCCAAGUUCAUCCCAGAGCGUGGGGCCCGCUGGGCACCUGGCACCUGGCCUGCAAGGCCACCUGUCCCCCAGAUGCUGCUACGAGUGACCAGUGCUGUGUGGAGGAGGCCAAUGGCGGCCCCUGGGAAACCAGGCUUCAACAGUACAAGGAAAAGAAACUUGCUCUGUUUUGUAAGAGCGUGUUCCUUUUCCUCUUUUUUGUCACUUUAAAGACCAAAAAGAAUAAAGAAAGAAAAGAAAAAAAUUAA